AAUAACCUUAGAUAGGUUGUAGAAGUAACAGCGCUGAGUUUGGUUUUUGAGUCUUGAUUUGAUGUUUCGAAUUUCUCACUGGAUGUCAAUCUUGUGAAUGAAUUAUUUUAUCAUUCAUCAGUCAAAAUGAUCAUGAAGGAGAAUGUUGAAGAUUUUCCAAUGGAUGAACUUUCUACAUCAAUGAAUCCUAACUUAACUUCGUCAUUUAGUGAUUUAAAUAAUUCCGAAUUAUACAUCCCACAUCCUACAUACAUUUUACCUACAUGUCCAUCAGAUGAAUCAAAUGAUAAUUUAAUUUGUAUGGAUUUCGAACUGAACCAUUAUCUUAAAGAAGUAAUGAAUGCUAUGUAUGAAUUAUUUCAAUCUCAAAAAUUAACAGAUGUCACUUUGUGUGUAAAUUCAGAAUCAAUUCAGUGUCAUAGAAUUGUUUUAGCUGGUGCAUCACCAUAUUUCAGAGCUAUGUUCACUAGUGAAAUGCGUGAAUCACUUCUACCUGUAAUAAAACUUCACUACAUAUCUUCAACCGCUUUAAAAAAAUUGAUAGAUUUUGCGUAUACUGGUAGAAUACAGAUUAGUGAACGUAAUGUUUGUGAAUUACUUAUUGCUGCAUCUAUGAUUCAAAUGUCCCAUGUUGUACAGGCAUGCUGUAGUUUUUUGAAGCAUCAGUUACAUCCAUCGAAUGCUAUUGGCAUACAAGAAUUUGCAUAUUCAAAUAAUUGUUCAGAUUUAUCAUUUAUUGCUCAAAAAUUUAUUGAUCAAAAUUUUGGGGAAAUUGUUAAACAUGACGAAUUUUUAGGUUUAAAUUCCAACCAACUUUUAGCUCUGAUUAAACGUGAUGAAUUAAAUGUACGGACUGAAGCUGAGGUGUACAACGCGGUGAUUCGAUGGAUAAAUCACAAUAGAGCUUCUAGAUUACCUGUAUUGCUCGAAGCGUUAUCCGCUGUCAGAUGCUAUACACUUCCUCCAGCAUUUAUACAAGGACAAAUAAAAAAUUGCAAUCUUUUGGCAGGUUUCACUCCAGCAAAAUCUCAUUUGCAAAAUAUCCUGAAUGACCUUAUUGAACACCGUUAUAUUUCUGUCAAUAAACGGACUGCUGGCUCAAUGGAAAUCCUUUAUUCAGCUGGUGGUUAUUUACGAUAUUCAUUGAGUGCAUUUGAAUGUUAUAAUCCGGUCACAGCUAAAUGGCGACGUCUACCAGAUAUUCCUAGUCCACGUAGUGGUCUAUCCGCAUGUUCUGUACGCGGUUGUGUGUAUCUUGUUGGAGGAAGAAAUAAUAAUGAACAAGGUAAUAUCGAUGCACCUCAUAUGGAUUGCUACGACCCAAGAAAAAACUGUUGGACUACUUGUGCUCCUAUGUCAGUUCCCCGUAACAGAGUUGCAGUUGGCGUAGUCGAUGAUAUGAUUUAUGCUGUCGGUGGUUCCACUAAUACAAUGCAUCAUAGAAGCUCUGAAAAAUACGACCCAGACAUGGAUCAAUGGAUACCUAUAGCCUCUAUGCAUAGCCGCAGGAUUGGAUUAGGAGUUGCUGUACUAAAUCGUUUGUUAUAUGCUGUUGGUGGUUUCGACGGUGAAAAACGUUUGAAUACAGUUGAACGUUACAAUCCUGAAACUGAUAAUUGGGAAGAGUUAGCAUGCUUAAAUCGUGCUAGAUCUGGUGCAGGUGUUGUUGCACUUGGGGAAUACAUUUAUGCUAUUGGUGGCUAUGAUUCUUGUAGUCAGCUAAAUACAAUGGAAAGGUAUGAUCCUAAACGCAAUUGUUGGGAAUAUUGUGCAUCUAUGCUACAUCCAAGAUCAGCACUGAGUGCUUCUGUAUGGGGAAAUGAAAUAUGGGUUUUUGGAGGUUAUGAUGGGAGUGAAUUCCUUUCCAGUGUCGAAGUCUAUAAUCCGACAACAGACCAGUGGACUGAACGAACUUUUAUGGAUUGUGGUAAAUCUGGACAUGCUGUUGUACUUAGCCGUGAACCAUCUUUCUAAGUCAUGAACACUAUCGCAUCAGUUUGAUAGUUAUUUUUGGGAAAAAACACAAUUUAUGUGUUGUUUUCUUUGUUAAAUUCCACAUUCCUUCCUUUAUUAUAAUAUGAUCCAAUCUGGAUACCCUUUAGCGCCAACAAAGUUAUUACUCAGUCUAUUUUACAGGAACUCUCAUUUUAUCGAUGUGGUGAGUUGACAGAAAUGUACUGAAAACAAACAUGGCCAGUGCUAUUUUGAUGAUAUAAUCAUAUUCUCUUCGACUUUUUUUCCCUUGUUUUGCAUUACAGUAAGAAAUAGCAGGUGUUUUACAACAGAUUUUACGACAUAUUAAUAUUAGUAAGGGGAUUGUGAAAAAAUGAAACAAAACAAACUUAAUUCAAUUGUAAAAUAGUCUUAUCAUGCUCUCCUCUCAUUCUUUAUUAUCGGUGAAUGUAAAAUAAUAAAUAGGCAGGCGUAUAAACAAUAGAAACUCCUUUUUUCUUUUUCCUAACUGUUACUAAGUAUUAUUAUUAUUAUCAUUGUCAGUAAUAUACUAGUAAUAUAAAAAUAUUAGUAGUAUUGACACUUGUACACUUUCAUGAAAACGGUUUUAAUUGAAAGAUUUAAGUCAUCCCAUUAUUGUACAUACUAUCUCACAGUGUUUUUGUAUUCAUCAAUCACGUUACAUUUCUUUAAUUUAUAUUUCGUUUGGUUUUGUUUAUUUUCAUUUCAAUCCUGUUGUAUCUUUUCAUGUUGUCUUUUUAGUUAUUCUUGUUGAACUUAAUAUUUUUUAUCUCAUAUACCCCUGUGUACAUGAAACUUUGUGUUUUCCUGUAACUCUGGGAAAAUGUUUACCCUUUCUCUACACCCAACGUCCAUCAUCAUUUUUAUCCGUUUCCUCUACUUCUUUUACGCAGAAAACAAUCAUUUUUGUGAAUAUUAUUAGAAAGAAAGAAAGAAAAUUUGUUUACCAUUCACUUUUAAAUUAUAUUUGUUCAUAUUAGUGUGCGUGUGCGUGAGACCCAUCACUUUCAGAUUUGACAGUUGAACAGACACAAACAGACGAACCACUGUGAGGCGUUGCAUUAUUUCAUAGCCAUAUUCAUAAUAUAAAGCACAUUCAAGUAAAAGAUUUAGUGUUGAAGUGUGCAUUUCCAGAAAUCGGUGUUUAAUAAUUGCUGACCCUCCACAGACUUACUAGUCAUUGUUUCUUUUUUAUUAAUUCUCAUGUGUAAGAACAGUUGUCUUCUAAUUGACUAAUUAUUCCAUCCUCCCUUUUAAUCAUCUAACCAAAACCUGUAAAUUAUCAUAAAUAAGGGGGAAUGAUGAACGAACAUUCACAUAUAAAGGAACUGUAUUUUUCUCAAAGAUCUGUUUUUAGGAAGCUUAUUAAUUUGCUGAGCCGCGACUUCUUGCUCUUCAGUUGAUCUCAACAGUCAUAAUCAAGAUUGUGAAGUGACACGACCUGAGUGAAAAAAUUUACCUUUAUUCCGAGAUACCUUUGAUAAAGUGCUGAAGUCUGUUUUAAUCCUGUGGUGUUAUAUAAUUCCCCAAAAUCAACAAGCUACAACUGAAUUGCCACAACAUGUUGAGUACUUUGGUGGAACUGUGAAUGAAAGAUUCUUUGUUGAAAAAUUCGACCAUUUGUCACGUUAUUGUUACAUCUCGUCAUUGGAGCACUAUUUCUAGUUAUCUAAGCCACAAAGAGUUAUCGGCAUAUACACUCUGUCAGAGACGAUCAAAUUGUUGUUUGUACUUUAUAUUGUUAACUGUUUUUUGUGUAACCACAUAUGAGUACAAUCAAGUUAGAAGUAAGCCUGGCAUCGACUUGUUUUCAAAUUGUAAUUUUUGUAAUUGUCUGUAUCAGGUGCUUUGAUUACCAUUUUUCAA